UCACUGCAAUGGAAGAGGAGUAAGGGAGGGUGGAGGACACCGGCUACAGCCCUGCCUCCAAUCUGCAUGUGAGUACACAGCAGAGUAGACACACGGCAGGGAAGCAGAGCACCAUCACAGGGCAACAAAGGGACGCAUGGUUCAUACAAGGUAUCCAAUAAAGAAAAGAUCUGAGACACGUUUCGCCUGGAAGCGUUUGAUUACAUCCGUCUUCACCUCAGAGUAUAAAAGCACAGCACAGACAUGGAGCUGGAACACUUUGAUGAGCGGGACAAGGCUCAAAGAUACACCCGAAGGGGCUCGAGAGGGAAUGGGCUCCCCAGUCCCACUCACAGCGCUCACUGCAGCCUGUACCGAACCAGGACACUGCAAGCACUAAGCUCAGAAAAGAAGGCCAAGAAGAUCCGUUUCUACCGCAAUGGAGACCGAUACUUCAAGGGGAUUGUGUAUGCCAUUUCUCAGGACAGAUUUAGGUCUCUCGAAGCACUCUUGGCUGACCUUACAAGAUGUCUGUCAGAUAAUGUCAACUUACCCCAGGGAGUACGGACCAUAUACACGAUUGAUGGGUCAACAAGGAUCGCCAGCAUGGACCAGCUGGUGGAAGGAGAGAGCUAUGUUUGUGCGUCUAUAGAGCCAUACAAGAAGGUGGACUACACAAAGAAUGUAAAUCCUAACUGGUCAGUUGGUCCUAAGACUGCCGUGUCUGUCCGUGACCCUUCUUCCCUUGGUAGUAGCAAGACUGGAUCUCCAGAAACCAGGGAGAGCAAGGACUUCAUCAAGCCCAAACUGGUGACGAUUGUCCGCAGUGGAGUAAAACCUCGCAAGGCUGUACGGAUCUUGCUCAACAAGAAGACUGCACACUCCUUUGAGCAAGUCAUGACCGACAUCACAGAUGCCAUCAAGUUAGACUCUGGAGUCGUCAAAAGGCUUUAUACCGUUGAUGGGAAGGCGGUCACCUCCCUUCAGGACUUUUUUGGGGACGAUGAUAUAUUCAUUGCUUGUGGUCCCGAAAAGUUCCGCUAUCAAGACGACUUCAACCUGGAUGAAACUGAAUGCAGGGUAACAAAGUCUGCAUCAUAUGGGCGGCUGCCCUCAGUACACGGUCGCUCUUCCCCAAGAAGUGGUGGAAUGCCCCGCAGGAGCAAGUCUCCCUCAUCUGCCGGUUCAGCUAACGGCACUGCAGGCAGUCAGCUGUCCACACCUCGUUCUGGAAAGUCUCCAAGCCCCUCUCCAACCAGUCCAGCUAGCCUCAGAAGACGACAGGGAUCUCAACACAGUGGUUCUUCACUCUCCUUGGCGUCUACCAAAGUAUGCAGCUCAAUGGAUGAAGGCGAUGGGCCGAGCAGCGAAGCUGAGCCAAUGGAUGAGUACUCUUCAAUCCCUGCCUCCAUAGCAGAGAGGUACAAAGUGGGAAGGACUUUAGGGGAUGGAAACUUUGCUGUGGUCCGAGAGUGUGUGGAGAGAUCCACUGGAAGGGAGUAUGCGCUCAAGAUCAUCAGCAAAGAUAAGUGCAGGGGAAAGGAGCACAUGAUACAGAGUGAAGUAUCAAUCCUUCGGCGUGUGAAACAUCCCAACAUAGUUCUUUUGAUUGAGGAAAUGGACACGCAAAACGAGCUCUAUCUUGUAAUGGAGUUAGUUAAGGGGGGUGAUCUCUUUGAUGCCAUUACAUCUUCUAACAAAUACACUGAGCGCGAUGCCAGUUCUAUGCUGUUCAACCUGGCAAGUGCUAUCAAGUACCUGCACAGUCUCAAUAUUGUCCACAGGGACAUAAAACCAGAAAAUCUGUUGGUAAGUACGACUCUGCACAGAGCAUCUGUAUCAUGCAUCAAGAUGCAAGAGUGUUGUUUUUCUGCGUCAAGUGUCCUUUAUGUGUUGUGUUCAUAUUCAUAUUAUAGAUAUGGACUAAAGGUUGACAUUUGGGCAGCGGGUGUCAUCACUUACAUACUGCUGUGUGGAUUCCCUCCCUUCCGUGGGAGUGGUGAAGAUCAGGAGGCGCUUUUUGAACAGAUUUUGAGGGGCCAGCUUGAAUUUCCUGCACCACACUGGGACAAUGUGUCAGACUCAGCCAAGGCUCUGAUCACUGGGAUGCUGCAGGUAGCAGAGGAUAAAAGAUAUACAGCUGUACAAGUCCUUGAUCACUUGUGGGUCAAUGAUGAUGGUGUGUCAAAGAAAGAACAUCAGCUGCCAGUGGCUGGGAAGAUCAGGAAGCACUUUAACACCAGAGUGAAGGUCAACAGCACUACAGCUGGAGUGUCCGUGAUCACACUGGACCAGGACUUAACCAUCAAGAAGUCAGGGUCUUUGGACCGCUACCAGCAUCCUUUGUACUGGAUAAGACCACGCCACUUGAUAAAGAGAAGCAAGUUUUCCGACGAAGACGCCACCAGGAUGUAAAGGCCCACCUCCCUCAUGGUGUCCGUGCCAGCCCCUCCCACGGCGCAAACCGUGGCCUUUCCCCUGCUGAGGUCACUUCAGAGUCCGAAGACUAUUCUCCAAGUUCGGCUGACACUGUCCGCUCACCCACUUCU